AUGGCGUCCCCGAAUUCCCUCCCAGCAUACAACGAGCUGUACCGACAGCCAGCCCGACCGAUGUCCCGAUCCGCGGUUUCACGUUCGGGUUCCAGACGGGUAUCUCCAUCACAGGCUCUGCCCAAACAUUACUCCGGCGACAGCUCCGACGAAGAGGUACCCGAACCUAAAUUCAGCGCUUCUGUAAAAGCAUUGUUGCAUGGAGAUGGAUUAGGUUCUUCGCCUCAUUUGCAAAAGGCACACAUAUCGCACGAACCUCGAAUUGCAACAUCAAGAGAGCAAAGCCGCUCACCUCGGAAUUCGUCCCCACACGACUCAUCUAAUGGUAGCCCAGCUCCGAGAGUCGUUCGUAUAGGCGCCAUCUCGUCGGGUUCUCGAUUCUUACGUGAAAGCUCCCCACUAUCAAAUAGUCAGAGUGCAGAACCAGAACACCACAGCCACCCCAAUGAUUUUAUCACUCCCGCCCCACGCCAACGGAGUGUCCGCAUCAAUGUUUCGCGCAGCAACACGCGAUCCCCGGCAUCUGUCUCGCCUUCAGGAAAGCGAUCGUCAGAACGCAAUUCGGGCGAAGAGUAUGGCAGUGCGGAGCGCUCGGAUAGUGAUCGGAAAUCGCAAUAUGACGAUGAUCCAGCGUUACGAUAUGGCCUUUCUUCCGCAUUGCGGGGUCGCGGCGGCGAAGAAAACGCUCCACACAGUUCGCUGCGUGUGAAGCGGGUUGGUCGACUGGCUGGAACUUUCUUAAACGGUCCAGCCCGGAGGGGUGUGCUACGACGCCAGAGCGAGGAAAGCAACGAGGAAAACCACCAGUAUCUCUCGGCUGAUGGCGUCCGGGAGGACGUCGGAGAGGAGGAAAAUGCCGAAUAUGGAUCUCGCAAUCCAGCGAAACCCUCGUCACCUAAGGUGUCAUGGGCGGACCCAAGCCCGCCUCUUUCUCGUGAAUCCAAUCGACGAGAAUAUCCUCUCCGCCCCGCUGAGGUUGAAGGACCGUUUUCAAGGUCAUCUUCGCCAAAAUCAUACGGCUCAAAGUCCACUCCCGCUUCAUCAGAAAUGUCCGACAAAUCGUCGAAGGAACAACCACAACCCGUAUUCAAGGUUCCUUCAAUACCGGCUUUGCCAUCGGUCCGUGACCAAGAGAAUGAACCACCGCCAACUUUCCGUCGCACAAGGCCCCAAGGGUUGAAUGUGCUGGAUAAACCCGAUAAGUAUAAUGUUGUUUACGAUACCGAGAAGAAAGAUGCAGCGGAGACCCCAGCAACCAACUCUGCACGGAAGAUACUUGCCACGCGGAGCAGCAACACCCCUCAUAGGGCCGCUCCCCUCCUCCGAAGAUGCGGCAGCUCGCGUGUCUAUCGAGUGAUGGCAGAGAAUUACAAGAUAUUCGCUCUCAAGCGGGUCAAUAUUGAAGAUGUCGAUCCAGUGACUUUGACUGGAUACAAGGGUGAAAUCGACUUAUUGAAAAAGUUGGAGAACGUGGACCGUGUGGUGCGCUUGUUUGACUGGGAGCUGAACAAUGACAAACAUGCUCUUAGUGUGCUUAUGGAGAUUGGAGAGUCUGAUCUUGAAAAGAUCCUCACAUUCCGUUUAAACGCCGAAGAUGCUGUUUUCGAUAUCAACUUUACCCGAUUUUAUUGGAAGGAGAUGCUCGAAUGUGUUCAAGCUGUCCACGAGCACAACAUCGUCCACUCGGAUUUGAAACCCGCCAAUUUCCUCAUGGUACAAGGCCGGCUGAAGCUCAUCGAUUUCGGAAUCGCAAAUGCGAUCCAAGAUAAUACGGUCAACGUUCACCGUGAACAGCAAGUCGGCACACCGAAUUACAUGUCCCCUGAAGCAUUGGUCGAUUCCAACGUAUCCCUUGGUCUGCCUUCCAGUGUCGGGAAAGUUAUGAAAUUAGGAAAGCCCAGCGAUGUCUGGAGUUUGGGUUGUAUUCUGUACAAGAUGGUCUACGGACAACCACCAUUCGCCAAGAUCGCCAAAUAUUAUGAACGCAUCAUGGCCAUCCCCAACCCCCGUGUGCAAAUCGAAUUCCCGGCCUUCGGCGUCGGUGGCGUCCCAGUGCCCCCUGGCCUUGUUCGGACUCUCAAGCGCUGUCUGCAGCGUGACCAGACUCUCCGACCAACCAUUGAGGAGAUGCUUGGCCCACGCGAUCCGUUCUUGCACCCCGACGCCCAGCUUGAGGGUGCUGUCCCCGUCACCCAGGAUAUGCUUGGCCGUAUUCUAGCCAACGUCGUCAACCACUGCAAGGCCCGCGGUGUACCCAGAGAAGAGGAGCUGGCUGCGUGGCCUGCAGGCUUCUUUGCAAAAAUAAAAGCAGCUCUCGAAGAAGAAAACCCAUGA